AUGCUAUGGUUGCUGCAAGUGUGGUAUGACAGUGCCGAGUUGGAGAAGAGUUCGAAGGAUUCAUUAUAUCGCUACGAUAUUGAUAACGGGAGAAAGGUACAAACUGAUGAGGUAAUAUUUCCCAAAAAAUCCAGUGAUGGUUUCUCCGGGGAUAUUCUUUAUUUGGGGAAUGGGUGUGUCAAUGUCGGUGCUCAUUCUGGUGAUUUUCUUCUUUCAAGGGUGGGAGUGUCAAUAUCCAUACAGGUCCAUGGGGAGAAUAGACAUUUGCGGCGUCUGGGUGAACCUGGUUCAGGUUUAUUAGGUGUUCCACUUAUUACUGCCCAUGAUCCAAUAUUCAAAAUUGAUGAUAGAUGUCCCAUAAUUAAUGUUGGUCUAAUGAACUCUGAUGCUGUGACCACUGAGACAAUAGUGAGCUUUAAGGGUGAAAAGAAUAGAUGA